GAGCCGGUCCAGCCCUCCCUGACACCUCGCGGGCUCUCCCCCGAGCUGCCCUGGGGGCGGAGGCCCAGCGACCCGGGGAGGCCCCGCCUGCCUUCGACCUCCGCCCUGCGGGCCGAACCCUCUAGUCGCCCCCGGCCGGCGCAGGCUCAGGCCCGCGCGCCCCGCCCUCCCUCUCUCCCCGCCCUGGCGGCGGGCGCGGGCUGCGCUCGCUCGCGGGGACCGGGCCCGCAGGCGGCCAUGGGGGAGCCGCUGAGCGCCGCGCAGCUGCGGCGGCUGGAGGAGCACCGCUACAGCGCCGCGGGCGUCUCGCUGUUCGAGCCGCCGCUGCAGCUCUACUGGACCUGGUUGCUCCAGUGGGUCCCGCUGUGGCUCGCCCCCAACUCCAUCACCCUCCUGGGCCUCGCCGUCAACCUGCUCACCACGCUCGUGCUCAUCGCCUACUGCCCCACGAUCACGGAGGAGGCACCAUACUGGACAUACUUUUUAUGUGCACUCGGACUUUUUAUCUACCAGUCACUGGAUGCUAUCGAUGGGAAACAAGCCAGAAGAACAAAUUCUUGUUCUCCUUUAGGAGAACUUUUUGACCAUGGCUGUGACUCUCUUUCCACGGUGUUGAUGGCAGUUGGAGCUUCAAUUGCUGUUCGCUUAGGAACUCAUCCCGACUGGUUGUUUUUCUGCUCUUUUAUUGGGAUGUUCAUGUUUUAUUGUGCUCAUUGGCAGACUUAUGUUUCAGGCGUGUUGAGGUUUGGAAAAGUGGAUGUAACUGAAAUUCAGGUAGCUUUAAUGAUCGUCUUUGUGUUGUCUACAUUUGGAGGAGCAACAAUGUGGGACUAUACGAUACCCAUUCUAGAAAUAAAAUUGAAGAUCUUCCCAGUUCUUGGAGUUGUAGGUGGAGCAAUAUUUUCCUGUUCAAAUUACUUCCAUGUUAUCUUCCAUGGUGGAGUUGGCAAGAAUGGAUCCACUAUAGCAGGCACCAGUGUUUUGUCACCUGGACUUCACAUAGGAAUCAUUAUUAUACUGGCAAUAAUGAUCUAUAAAAAGUCAGCAACUAAUGUGUUUGAAAAGCAUCCUUGUCUUUAUACCCUAAUGUUUGGAUGUGUCUUUGCUAAAGUCGCACAAAAAUUGGUGAUAGCUCACAUGACUAAAAGUGAACUGCAUCUUCAAGACACUGUCUUUUUUGGCCCAGGUCUUUUAAUUUUAGACCAAUACUUUAAUAAUUUUGUAGACGAAUAUGUUGUUCUAUGGAUAGCAAUGGUCAUUUCUUCAUUUGAUAUGAUGAUGUACUUCAGUGCUUUGUGCCUGCAAAUUUCAAGACAUCUUCAUCUAAAUAUCUUCAAGACUUCAUGUCAUCAAGCACCUGAACAGGUUCACAAGCAUAUUGACUAAUAGCCCAAGGAAAAGAGGAGAAGCAGUUAGGGGAACCUAGGAGUGAAGGAAAUCCCCUUUUGCAGGAGGUUCAAGUUCUUCCUUCAAAGAAUCAUCAGAAUAACGUGGAUUGAAGAGACUUUCGAACAGCUGCCGUCUCUUGCUGCUGCUGUUACAUGAAAGGAAGUAUUAAACGUUUGUUUAAUUUUUAGAUAAGUGUUAUUACAUAUUUCAACAAAUAAAACAUUUCAACGCUUA